GCUGGCAGCUCGCAUAAACCGCUGGUACUAUAUCAUCUCUCCUUUUCGGACUCGGAGAUAGACUGAAACUGAAACUCGCUCUCUAGCUGCAGUAGCCUAUAGGUCUGGGUGCGGUUCAGGAAUUACGAACACAUUCUGCGGAACAGAAUGAUAUAAAUAAUCUCCAUUGAUUAUCUUCAUUGAAUUCAGAAUCUACACAACUCUACAUAAGACAUGCAGAGCACAUUAUUACUUUUUCUAUUCUUAUUAUUCAUGCACGGUUUGUCUGGUGCAGAGACAGAUGAAUAUGAAUCUGAGCCUGUGUCAGUGAUGGAGGGAGAUUCUGUUACUUUACACACUAAUCUUACUGAAAUACAAAAUGAUGAUACGAUUCUGUGGAUGUUUGGACCUAAAGACUUUCUCAUAUCUCAAAUAACAAGAAAGGAUGAUCUGACCUCAUUUUUUGUGACUGAUGAUGAUGUGGGGUUUAGAGGCAGAUUGCAGGUUAAUCAAAACACUGGAUCUCUCACCCUCAGAAGCACCAGAAUCAGACUCUCAGGACAAUAUAAACUCACCAUCUCUAGAGAAAAGACUAGAUCCAAGAUAUUUAAUGUUACUGUCUUUGGUGUGGUUGGUGAGACAAAUGGAGUGAAGUCAGUGUCAGUGAUGAAGGGAAAAUCUGUUACUCUAAACACUGAUACUGAAAUACAUACAGAUGAUCUGAUAGUGUGGAGGUUUGGAAAUGAUGGCAUCCUCCUAGCUAAAAUUUAUGUAGAGACUAAUGAGACCUCAUUAAAUUAUGCUGAUGAGAGAUUCAGAGACAGACUGAAGUUGGAUCAAACUGGAUCUCUGACUAUCACAAACACCAGAACCACAGACUCUGGACUUUAUGAACUACAGAUCAGAGGCAGUCAGAGCUCACACAAGACUUUUUUCCUUUCUGUCAGUGGUCUGCCUCCAUGGGCUGUAACAGGAAUAUGUGUUGCUGUUUCUGUUUUUCUGACUGCAACUAUAACUGCCUGUUACUAUCACCGGAGAGUGGGCAAAGAGAAGAAAGUGUCGGUGACAGAGGGAGAUUCUUUCACUUUACCCACUGAUGUAACUGAACAUAAAAAUCGUAUGAUACAGUGGUGGUAUGAAGAUGAAGACAAUCUCAUUGCUGAAAUCAAAGGAGGAACCGGUAAGAAACAUGAUGUUGCUGAUGAGAGAUUCGGUGACAGACUGAUGCUGAAUGAGCGAACUGGAGAUCUAACCAUCGGAGACAUCAGAACCAUUCACUCUGGACUCUAUAAACUAAAGAUCAGCAGCAACACAUGCACCGGCAUCGCCCAAUUCAAGAGAUUCAUUCUUACCGUCAAUAAUGAAGAGAAGAUGCCAGUGAAGAAGGGAGAAUCUGUCACUCUGAAGACUGAUACUGAAAUACAGAGAGAUGAUCAGAUACAGUGGCUGUUUGGAGAUGAAAACACUAUCAUAGCUGAAAUCAAAGGAGGGACCGGAGAGAUCACUAAUGUUGCUGAUAAGAGAUUCAGAGGCAGACUGGAGCUGGACAAUAUGACUGGAUCUCUGACCAUCAAAAACACUGAAACUGAAGACAAUGAAGUUUAUAAACUGAAGAUCAGAAGUGUUAAAGGAGCCACAAACAAGAGAUUCAGAGUUGGUAUCUAUGAUGAAGAGAAGGAAGUGUCAGGAAAGGAGGGAAAGACUAUCACUCUAAACACUGAUGAUGAAAUGCAGAAAAACAAUCAGGUAUGGUGGCUGUUUGGAGAAGAAAACUCUCUCAUAGCUGAAAUCAAAGGUGGGACAGGAGAGAUCAUUACAUAUGGUGGUGCUGCUGUUGGGAGAUUCAGAGACAGACUGAAGCUGGACAAGGAGACUGGAUCUCUGACCAUCACAAACAUCAGGACCACAGACGCUGGACUUUAUCAAGUAUGGAUCAACAGAAGCAGUGGCAGAAAAAACAAGUAUUUGAGAUUCACUGUUUCUUUCAGACAGCACAAGACGAGCUGGUGGAGUUGGUUUUAGAGUUGAAGUUGAAAAGCUAAAGGUGCAUUUCUUGCACGAAAUCAGAUCUUUUCUGUAUAGGAUGCAUUUCACUUCACUCAGCAUUGAAAAUAAUAUUGUUGUGAAUCUCCAUCUGUUUUCAGUGUUACAGUUUGUCUGAAUUAUCAAAUUUAGCUAAAACCUGUUGAGUCGCUGACCCGCAUGCACGUUAGAUCAGUUUUAAAGCAAUCUGAAGCAAUCAUUGCAUUGAAAUGAACAUAGAUUUACACUGGAGUAACAUUGUGCACAUUAUGUUAUUGUAAUUUGCCAUUCAUAUUUAGGUUUAAAAUUGUUUUAAAAUAACUGCAAUGCAGUCAAUGCCCAGAAAGCUACUAAAGAUUAUAUGAUAUAUGACAAAAUGGUUUCUGCUUUCUGAUUGAUCAUAUUGUUCAAACAUCAAAAGCAUCAUAACAUCUAGACAUCUACCAGCAAAGACAAAAAAAAAAGUAUUUUAUCUUAAUUAGUAGGUUAAAUAUUUAUAUAGAAAUCAACGGAAACCCACACAGUGAUGGUCUACAUCUAUGUUAGCACAGAUUAACCUAUAUAUACCUUUAUAUCUAAACAUAAAGUCUAAUAUAUAAAAAAACAUUUAGUGUAAUGUAAGGCUCUUGUCUGCUUUUCAGUAUUGUGUUGUCAGUGCUGUACUGUAAUGAUGAAUACUGCUGUAAUGACACUGCUGGAGCUUUACCUAGUGACUGUAAGUGGUAAUAGACUCUCAUUGAACUAUAGGGGGAGCCAAAGUAGCAUCUUCUGCAUUAGAAUAAUUGCUGUUGGUGAAGUGAAAGUGAAAGUAAAGUGAUGUGUAGCUAAGUAUGAUGUUACAUACUCUGAAUUUGUGCCCUGCAUUUCAUCCAAGUGCACACACACAGCAGUGAGUAUUGAACAUACACACACCGUGAACACACACCCAGAGCAGUGGGC